AUGGCGUCGUCUGCGGUGAGGCAGGAAGUGGAUGACAUCAUCGGGCUGAAACAGGAAAUCAGCUUUGACGACCUGGGGAAAAUGACCUACCUGUCUCAGGUUUUGAAGGAGACUCUAAGGUUGUACCCUACAGCACCAGGCACUUCUCGUUUCAUCCCCAACGACAUCGUCAUCAACGGCAUCCCCAUCCCAGCAGGAGUCUCAUGCUUCUUCAGUUCGUAUGUCUGUGGAAGGUUGGAUAAGUUCUUUGAGGACCCGCUGAAGUUUGACCCAGAGAGGUUCCAUCCAGACGCUGCCAAACCCUAUUACUGCUACUACCCCUUCUCCCUGGGACCACGCUCAUGUCUGGGACAGAGUUUCGCACAGAUGGAGGCCAAGGUAGUGAUGGCCAAGCUUCUCCAGAGGUUUGACUUCAGCCUGCUGCCUGGCCAGUCCUUUGACAUCCUGGACACUGGGUCUUUGAGACCAAAGAGUGGAGUGGUGUGUAACAUCAGACACAGAGGACAGACACCUGCAGCCUGACCUGACUGGGGCCUGAACAUGACUAGCACUUCUCUAUAACAUACUUGUCUUAUUUCUUAUACUUCCUAGUGGAGCAAAUUAUCUCUUGCUUUCAAUGAAGCGCCUUAUUCAAAUA